AUGGCUACCAGAACGCAAUUUGAGAACUCCAACGAGGUGGGCGUCUUUUCGAAGCUCACCAACUCGUACUGUCUGGUGACGGUGGGCGGGUCUGAGAACUUUUACUCAGCUUUCGAAGCAGAGCUAGGCGACGCCAUUCCGAUCGUGCACACAACAAUCGCCGGUACCAGAAUCGUGGGCAGAAUGACCGCGGGCAACCGCCGCGGUCUGCUGGUGCCCACGCAAACGACGGACCAGGAGCUACAGCACUUGAGAAACAGUUUGCCCGACUCAGUCAAGAUACAGCGGGUCGAAGAGCGUCUUUCGGCUUUGGGGAACGUGAUCUGCUGCAAUGACUACGUGGCGCUCGUGCACCCGGACAUCGACGCGGAAACGGAAGAGUUGAUAGCAGACGUGCUCGGGGUCGAGGUGUUCAGACAAACGAUAUCCGGAAACGUGCUUGUCGGGUCGUACUGUGCGCUCAGCAACCAGGGUGGCCUUGUGCACCCGCAGACGACGGUCCAGGACCAAGAGGAACUGUCGUCGCUGCUGCAGGUGCCGCUUGUGGCCGGUACCGUGAACCGGGGGUCUUCGGUAGUGGGCGCCGGCAUCGUAGUAAAUGACUACCUUGCUGUCGCGGGGCUCGACACCACGGCGCCCGAGCUGAGUGUCAUCGAGAGCAUUUUCCGUCUUCACGACGCCCAACCGGACUCCAUUUCGGGCAACCUGCGCGACACCUUGAUCGAGACCUACUCGUGA